AUGCCCCAUGUGAUUGAAGCAACUAUCUUGACAGGCUGUGCAAAAGGAGAAGAUGUAUUUAUGCCACGAAUUCCCAUGGUUCCUAAUGAUAUGCCAUUGGAGUUCAAGAGUCUUCAGUUUCCAGUGCGUCUUGCUUUUGCAAUGUCUAUCAAUAAAGCUCAAGGUCAAUCGCUUAAAGUUGCUGGUAUUAAUCUAGGAACUCCUUGCUUUUCCCACGGUCAAUUAUACGUAGCAUGUUCAAGAGUAGGAACUGGAAAGAAUUUGUACGUUUUUGCUCCUGAUGGUAAAACUCGAAAUAUUGUAUAUCAAACAGCUUUAAAAUAA